CAGAUUAAUAAUUUCAUCUAAAUAUAAUACUUCACUAUAAAUAAUUGGUAGUCUACUCUAGUAUUAGACUAGUAAUAUUACAUUGCCUAGUCCUAUGUGUGGCUUUGCUUGUUUUUUUUUUUUAAAUAAAUUAUUAUCAUGAUUAUUGAAUAUUGCAAAUUUCAGCUUUAAAAUUGCUUUUCUCUUUGGCUUUGUAACACAAUAGUUAACAUAUCUAACCAGGUUUGUAAAGUACAUCUAUGAAGAAAUGUAUGAAAGAUCGGUGCAGAAGAUGGCAGGGAAGAAAUUUUUUUCUAUUCUGAUUGAUGGUGCUACAGAUUCAUCAGUAACAGAAAACGAACUUGUAUAUGUAAGGUUUGUAAACAAUGGGGUUCCUGAAAACCACUACCUAAGCAUUGAAGACAUCCAAAAUGCUGAUGCUAAGGGAAUUUUGAAUUGUAUUGAUCAAUCAUUUGAGAGGGCAGAAUUAGAAAACUGGAAAACAUAUCUUGUUGGGUUUGGAUCAGAUGGGGCCUCCGUAAAUCUUGGCUCAAAGGGUGGAGUCGCUGCAUUACUGAAAAAUGAUGUCCCCCAUCUAGUCAUUGUUCACUGUAUUGCCCACAGGUUGGAGCUUGCUGCCAAUAAUGCAAUUAAAAGUCAAAAAAUUAUGAAGGAUAUUCAAGAUAUUUUGACAAAUACCUACAAACAGUACCAUUAUUCACCAAAGGCUCUAAGAGAAUUGAGGAUUAUUGCAGAUGCCUUAGAAGAAAAGGUUUUAAAGCCAACAAAUUUACAUGGAACAAGGUGGCUACCUCAUGUGCAGAAAGCACUUGCAGUCCUUCUGAAGAAUUUUACAGUUAUUAUUACUCAUUUUGAUCACAUUAGAGGUGGAAGAAUUGGAAAUGCUGAGGUCCAAGGGAGGGCAACCAAUAUUAGCAAAAAGUUGAAGGACUACCAAUUCUUGUACAUGUCUUUCUUCUUGCUAGAUGUACUCAAAACCUUGAGUGUGCUAAGUCUCAAAGUACAGAGGGACAGCACCACUCUUUCUCAGUUCUUAGAAGCAAUCACUGUGUUACAUUUCUCUCUCAUUGAAUUAAAACAAACAAAUGGUGAAGAGUUAAGCAAAUUUAUUGGAGAGGUUAAUGGAGAUGUGUAUCACAACAUUACUUUGCAAAAUGUCAACCCCCAAGAAAGUUACAGAGCAAAAAGAGAAGAAGUAAUCAAUGUUCUCAUUGAUGCAAUUGAUAAAAGGUUUGCACCAAUGGAAAAGGACCCCAUCUUGAAAGCAGCUGCAACACUGUUAGAUCUCACUGAGUAUCCAAAAACUAGGGAGGGAUUAGCUCUCUUUGCUAUAGAAGAACUUAAUCUAUUGAUGCAGCAUUUUGGUGGUAUUCUACAAAAUGCAGAGUGUGAUGUUGCUGUUGUAGGAGAUGAAUUUAAGGCCUUCAAAGCCCAUGUUUAUGGUCACAACACAACACCAAUUGAAAAUUACUUCCAAGCAGCAGAUUUGUCACAAAGAUUUCAAAAUUAUCUUAUGCUAGUUGAGAUCCUCUUGGUGUUUCCAAUUUCCUCAGCAGCCUGUGAAAGAGGAUUCUCAUGCAUGAAGCGUGUCAAGUCGGACUGGAGAAGCUCACUGACGCCAUCAAUGCUGAGAAUGCUCAUGUUUAUCUCUAUAGAAGGGUGUCCAUUGGAAGAGUUCAACAGCACUAGGGUGCUAGACAAGUGGUGGAAUGCAGGGAGAGCUAAACGACCAGGAUUUAAUCCUUUUGACUUUAGAGGCCCAGACGAAAGUGACAGCGAAUAAAUGUUUAUGCACUUUAAUGCAAUGUUGACAGAUUCACUUUUAUGUUGUUUUCAGGACAGGAAGUCUUAAUAAAAUUUUGUUUUAUGUCUUUGUUGUAUUAUUCAAUUAGAUCACAAUUAAAUUAAGAACAUAUAGUAUAUAAUCAACUUUAUUUAAAGUAAUUGAAUAAAAUCUUCAUUGAAAUUUUUCGGACAAGUGAAAUUAAGGUUCGGACAAGUAAAUUUCUUUGUCACUUGUCCGAAUGGACAAGUAGGAAAAAAAGUUAAUGU